AUGCCACGUCAAUUUAAGAUCAGUGUACCGGCAUCUUCUGCUAAUAUUGGGCCAGGUUACGAUGUGUUAGGUAUUGGUUUGUCAUUGUUUUUGGAGUUAGAAGUCUCUAUCAAUUCAAAAGAUGCUGGCGAAACUAAUCAGGAUGUUAAUAAUUGUAAAUUGAGUUAUAGUGAAGAUAGUGAGGGUUAUUCUUCUGUUCCUCUUGACUCAGAUGCAAAUUUAAUCACUAGAACUGCUUUGUAUGUUUUGCGUUGUAAUAACAUUAGAUCAUUCCCUUCUGGUACUAAGGUUCAUAUCAAGAAUCCUAUUCCUUUGGGUCGUGGUUUAGGUUCUUCCGGUGCUGCUGUUGUUGCUGGUGUAAUGUUAGGUAAUGAGGUUGGUCAAUUAGGCUUCAGUAAGCAACGUAUGUUGGAUUAUUGUUUAAUGAUUGAGCGUCAUCCAGAUAAUAUCACCGCUGCAAUGAUGGGUGGGUUCUGUGGUUCUUUCUUGCGUGAUUUGACUCCACAAGAGAUGGAAAGACGUGAAAUUCCAUUAAGUGAAGUGCUACCUGAACCAAGUGGUGGUGAAAAUACAGGAUUGGUACCUCCUCUACCACCAACCGAUAUCGGUAGACAUGUUAAGUAUUCUUGGAAUUCAAAGAUUAAAUGUAUUGCUAUCGUUCCAAAUUUUGAAUUGUCUACUGCUGAUUCAAGAAGUGUCCUUCCAAAGGCAUACACUACUUCCGAUUUGGUAUUCAAUCUACAAAGAUUAGCUGUCUUAACCACUGCAUUGACUUUAGACCCACCAAGUGCCGAUUUAAUCUAUCCUGCAAUGCAAGAUCGUGUCCAUCAGCCAUACAGAAAAAUUUUAAUUCCAGGGUUGACUGAAAUCUUGUCUAGUGUCACACCAUCCACAUACCCUGGACUACUAGGUAUCUGUCUAUCUGGUGCCGGUCCAACUAUCUUAGCAUUAGCUACUGAUAAUUUCGAAGACAUCUCCCAAGAAAUCAUUAAUAGAUUCGCAAAAUUCAACGUAGAAUGUACUUGGAAAUUAUUGGAACCUGCCUAUGAAGGUGCUGUUGUUGAACAACUAUAA